CACUGAUGUAUGCCAGUAUUUUUGGGAAUGUCUCUGCGAUUAUCCAGCGAUUAUAUUCCGGCACCGCCCGUUACCACACCCAGAUGCUCCGAGUGAAGGAAUUUAUUCGCUUCCAUCAGAUUCCCAAUCCACUGCGGCAGAGAUUGGAGGAGUAUUUUCAGCAUGCCUGGUCAUACACCAAUGGGAUUGACAUGAAUGCGGUGUUGAAAGGCUUCCCGGAAUGCUUGCAGGCCGACAUUUGCCUGCACCUGAACAGGAGCCUCCUCCAGAACUGUAAGGUCUUCAGGGGGGCCAGCCCGGGCUGCCUGAGGGCCCUGGCGAUGAAGUUCAAGACCACACAUGCUCCUCCUGGUGACACUCUGGUCCAUUAUGGCGACGUAUUGACUGCGCUCUACUUCAUAUCCCGUGGCUCUAUCGAGAUCCUGCGUAACGAUGUGGUGGUAGCCAUCUUGGGGAAGAACGACACGUUUGGAGAACCGAUCAGCCUUUACGCCAGGCCAGGGAAAUCGAACUCUGACGUCCGGGCUCUAACAUACUGUGAUUUACACCGGAUCCUGCGAGAUGAUCUGCUGGAGGUUCUCGACAUGUACCCCGACUUCUCCAACAAAUUCUGGACCAAUUUGGAGAUCACGUUCAAUCUCAGAGAU